CAUUUUCAACUGAGUAGGUUGUCAUACAAACAAAAGGUGUUAUCUAUUGUUUGAAAACAAAAAAGAUUGUGUUAAUUAUAAUCAUGUUAAAAUUUGAAAUAGUUUCCUCAAGGAUUGUGGAAGGUUUUGAGAACGAAAAGAAAUUCGUAGCUUAUAUGUUACAAGUAACUCAAGCUUCAGAAUCCAGGGUGAUGGAUCCAGACCCUGCAAACGUUGAAAGACGGUACACCCAUUUCCUCGAUCUUUACAAUGGUUUGAAAAAAGAAUUUCCGGCUUUAGUAGGCGGAUUGUCGUUCCCCAGAAAGAUUGUUAUGGGUAAUUUUGAUCCAAUUUUGAUUGCCAACCGAUGUGCAGCAUUUAAUUCCCUGCUAGAUCUAGUGGCCAGUGAGUCACGGCUGCGGGACUCUCCGGCUGCUAUCACAUUCUUCCAGGACAUUGAACUAAAUGAAGCCAAGCGACUCAUCAACAACGGAAGUUUUGAUCAAGCCCUGUCUGUUUUGGAGACUAGUUUCAAAUUAUUAAACAAGGUGUAUACGGACAGGUCUCGCGUGGUACUUGGCGCUUUGUGUCGUAUAGUCGCCUGCGCGGGAGCCAGUGACGGAACACUCGCUGGUCCAGUGGAACGCUGGGCACAACUCGCGCUCAAGCGAUAUGAGGCCGUCAGCGACUCUGAUCUCCUUCUCAUUUAUGUACCGCUGUUACAUACAUGCAUUACCAUUUGGGAGACCCUUGGCAGAGACAAGUCGAAGUUGGUUGAGGAGCUGAACGAUUUACGUAAGCGAGGAAUGAAAGUAGAUUCUGUGCCAAGCCUAAUGGAAGCAGUGGAUAGUCUUAUUAUCUAAACAAGAAUAACAGCUGUGACAAACGACUCGAUAAAUAAUUAUCUGAAUACUAAUCUAAUGUAUGUAUGUUUAAAUGUUAUAUCAAUUUGGACCAGAAUAAUGCGCUUUUGAAACAUUAAAACUUGAAUAAUUUAAAUAUUCUCAAUGUUUAUAAAAUUCAAGGAUUCUGUUUUGCAUAGAUUUCAAUUAAUUUCUGCAAGCAAUGCAGCCUUGUAGACUUGAUACCUACUCAUUGGACAAGUUUCGUAGUUCAGUCGCGACUCGACAGGUGGCGUUUUUUUAAAGUAAUUUUAUUCUCUGGGCAUUAUGCAUAUUAGUUAAAGAUCUGUGUUAUCAGGGAUGGCGAAUAAUGCCUCAUUUUUAAAACUGAAUCUCUAUCUGUUGUCAUUUUAUAAAGUAUCGGUUAAUCAAUGAAACGAUACUAAAACCUUCGGCAGUGAGUAAUAUUUUACUCCAUAUUAUAUGAAAUCAAUAAUGCCUGAAUUUCGCAUCCCUGAAAGUAAUAUUUUAUAUUUUGUUUAUUGUGUAUACGUGUAGUGGUUUCUGUAUAUUUGAUAUUUUAAUGGUAAGGCGUUUAAAGCAUUGUAUUGGCUAGUAUCUCACUAGAUUGUAAGUCUAGUUUUUGUUUAAAAUCAUUUAUCUACUGAUAUUAUAUUUUAUUAAAUUAUUAUCGAUUUGCUUAGGCAUAUAUGUAAAACAUAUUAGUUUAGGGAGAAACAAUUGGAUUGUGCCUCGGCUUUAUUUUAGAUCUAUAUUUAUUACGUUUUUUUUUGUGAUUCAACUAAAGAAAAAAGAAUUCAAUACAUUGUAGGCCAGUAUUGCCUCAUGGCCAAAAUAUAUGCAUUUGUCGAUGAACUAUAAAAGGCGGUCAAAUAAAAAUGAUUGAUAUGAAUUUGUCAAACUAUCUGAAAGAAAAAUGGUCAAUUUAUAAAAAAAAAAUCUUUGUGCUCCAAAUAUUAUUAUACUACAGCGAGCUUUAACUUAUGUAACAUGAUAUUAGUCUAGUCGUUUUCACAAAAGUCUUUUUAAAAUAAUAUUAUUAUGAAAGCGAAGUUUAUGAAAUAGCUUUAGAACUGCGCUGUAAACAUUUAACAGUCAAUUAUGUAAUUUAGCUAAUGUUCAACAUAUUACAAUCAGGGCUUGGUAAUGUUAAGCAAUUUUUAAUAUGCAAUUUACAAUAUUGCUUCAGUUUCAGUAAUAUAUUAGUGCAAUAAAAAGAAUCUAGCAUAAUAUUCAAGGUAUACAAUAUGUAGUUGUAUGUAGUUAUUUAGAAAAAUUAAUUAUCAUUAUCUGUGUGAUUAAUGCAAAUGUUUAUUAAGUAGUUUCUUAGUCUACAUGUAAUCAAGUGUAUCUAAUCAGUUUUUUUAAGAGCGGCUAGACAUUUACUAUGAUAUUAUUUUUUAAAUAAUGCUAAUGUUAAGAUGACUGAUAUUUUAUACAUUUGUAGCCAUUGUAGGAAAUAAUAAAAAUUAUAUACAUACCUA